AUGUCCCACGCCGCGUCCAGGGAACGCCACGACGUGGGACUCGGCGACGACCGGGACCCGAGCCCCGAGCCCUUGGACCCUGCCGAGGGGCCAGCCCCUUCGCCGGAGCCCAAGUGCACGACUGUACAGACACGGUCGAGGUCACAGAUCCUGCACGCAACGCCUAGCAGGUUACCUUACGUGGCUGUCUGCACCGUGGGAAUUCUCAUGGUCAUGGUCGGCGUGGCUGUCACCACGUACAAGCUGCAGAGCGGCACCGCCAUCGUCGCGCUCUUCAACAGGUCCAUCGCGCUGCUCAGGCCGACGCCCAACGCCACGGCUGACGACGCGGCCGCCAAGUACCUCACCAAACACGAGCGGAAGAACAUCCCCACGGACGUCAGCUGCAAGUCGGACGUGUGUUCCUGGACAAUUAACUACCUGCGAGGCAAACUGAACGCGAGCGUGAACCCGUGCAACGAUUUUUAUGGCUACGUGUGUUCGCGCAACUGGUACGCGAAAGGCCUGGACGUCCAGAACAGGCCGUACCGGGAGCGAAGCAUCGGCAUGAUGAUGAUGGACUUGGAGAAAUUCUUCAGAGACUAUCUCAAGGAGAAUGAGGAGCGCUAUCACAAAUACCCCGGGGUGUUCCUGCAUCAAGCCAUUUCCUUACUACCGAAGUGUCAGUCAGAAGAAAAGAACGACAAGAACUUGACUUCGCUGAAGAGUCUUCUGGAGGAAUACAACUUGGGCAGCUGGCCUUACAGGAAGGCUCCCCGAGGCGUGAGCAUUGUAACAAUCUCUGCUUUCGUGGACAGAGACUUGGGCGUGUUCCCUUUCGCCAAAGUUUUCUUGAAGAAGCCUUUCGAGGAUGACCGAGGUUACACCGUACACAUCGAUAAGCCCAGCUCGACGCUCAAGAGGCAUCAGCUUGCCUUUUUGGACGAGCCCGUCGAGAACUACACGCAGAAGGUGGCGCUGGCCUUGACGCUCUUCGACAAGAAGGUGGAUGUCACAGAACAGGCAGAAGCCAUCGCUCUUCUCGAAAAAAAGUUGCUCAGCGUGAUGACCGUCACCCGAUUUGUUGAGUUUCAGGACAGAAUCAAAAGAGUUGGACAGCUGGAUAGAAAGGGAAAGUGGGACUGGAAAGAGUACCUUACCAUUCUUUUUCAGGACAUAGAGACGUUCGACAACGAGAAGCCCGUAGCCGUAAUGAACCAGGAUUACCUUACUAAAAUGGCUCCUGUCUUGAAUGAAACUGACACUGUUACUUUGCUCAAUUACAUUGGCUAUCGGCUCGUAGUACACGUGUCCCCACUCCUGGCUAAGGUUGCCAGUCCACUUUUGCGUUUAAGUCAUGACAACUACAUGGAGUUUGUCCCAGAUCGGUUGCAAGCAUGCAUGCAUCUUCUUGAACGGGUCUACAAGCACGGGAUGCGCUUCUUCAGCAGAAUGACUUUCAGCAAGACAAACUCCACCCUGCUACUGAAACAUUACGACUACAGCAUGGCUAGCGUCGAAAGUCAGCUCAAGAGCAGCAUGGCCGAUAGACUGCUGUCAUCUUCAUCCUGGUUAGACCGUGCCGCCAUCGGGAUAGGAGUGGACAAGCUCGAAAACAUGAGAUUCAUCUUCCUCGGCAGUACGGACGACAUCAACACCAUCGCUAACUACUACAACUUCAACGCACAACCGCUAGACCCAAGCCGGCUCCUGGAAAGUUUUCGUGAGCUCCAAGCCGGUACCAUGAACGUCUACUGGGAGACGAAGCCCCCAAAGGACGACUUGGACGCUAGAUACGAUCACACCGGCUUUUGCCCAGGCUACGAGUACUUUUUUGGAAGGAACGUACUGUUCAUUCCCCAUGGAAACGUGGCCUUCCUGAAUGACAUUGCAAAGAAUGUUGAUCCUGUCCUCUACCCCAUCAUUCUCGCGGACCCUCUGCGAGGAAUGUUUGGUGCCGUGGACCGGCGCGGAGCCACCGUGGACCAUAACCUCGCUGUGGCAACCUGGUGGAACACGGACGAACUGAGCAAGUUCUCGCAACUGGAGCUGUGUUACCAGGACCAGUACUACGUUGAGAUCAGAGAUUUGGUCGGCGACAACUUUGAGGCGAGAAUCAAACUGGAGGACAACAUUGCCGACAACGCGAUCAUCGCGCCUCUCCACGACCUCUAUAUGAAGACACUCACGAUGCAGGGCCAGGCCUUGGACAAACUUAAGGUGGCUUUGGACGUAGGUGAGGUUGACCUGGAACAGCUGUUUUUCAUCAACUACGCUGUAGGGCUCUGCGAUCAGCCGAACAGGGAAGCUUGGGUGCGAAAGAUCAAGUAUGAAGACAUCCCGGGAAGGCUCAGGAUCAACAUACCGCUUAUGAACUUUGCCCGAUUCUCGUCCGCUUUCAACUGUGCCGUAGGGUCCCCCAUGAACCCUGCACGUAAGUGCACCAUCUGGUAG